UUGUUGUUUUUGUUCAGUAGAACUGGAACAGUCGACAUCUUUGAAAGGCGUCCGUGUUUUCGAUGCACUGUUGUUGGUUUUUAUCCUAAAGUAAAUAUUAACUUAGUACUGUAAACCACUUGAGAGGCUGCAGACUGCAUCCGGAUUUGACCGUCAUAAGUGAGCCGUCUCUUUAACGAUGGGGAGUCAGUACCAGCGCUCAGUGCCACUAGAGGUCAGGAGAGCAGAGGGGGAGCGAGUCCGGGCCAAGCACCCCGACAAGAUACCAAUAAUCGUUGAGAGGGCCCCCAAGUCACGAGCUCCUGAACUUGACAAGAAAAAAUAUCUUGUGCCCUCAGACUUAACAGUGGGCCAGUUGUGCUUCCUCAUCCGCCAGCGAGUGUCCUUGAGGCCAGAGGAGGCGCUCUUUUUCUUCGUCAACAACUCUCUUCCCCCGUCCAGCUUCCCUCUUUCGGCGGUGUAUGAGGAGCACCAUCAAGAAGACCUGUUUCUUUACAUGACCUACAGUACUGAGAGUGUCUACGGUGCCUGAGGAAGACCAAAAGACUGGAAAAUGGACACUGAGAGAGAAUGAGAGAAGGCGCAAAGAAGUGUGGAGGUGUUCAAGCUGUUUGCAAUACUAAGCAUUACUUUAAGUCUCUGUAUUCCUUUUUUUAACUGCAAUUCAUGAAAUGGAAACUUUUGUUGAAGGCAGAAAAGAUUGCUGAAAUGAAUAUUACCUUUAACAGUAUUUAAAUGGAAAAAAGUGCAUUUUAAGGACACAUUUAAUUCAUGUUCGUUUUUCAAACAGCUCCAUGGUGUAAAACGAUAUUAUGGCAAAAAAAUGGAGAAAACUCUCAUUAUCUUUCUCAGUUUUCUGUAUGAAAUGCAAAUAGGUUUUUUUUGUAAAUAAUAAUCUUUUGUGAAAAAUAAAGACCUGCAAAGAAA